CGUGAUAUAUAGUCGAUAAAAUGGAUCUUCGACUGUGCGAUUUCCUGCGUGUUCAAGCGCCGCAUAUAUUUGCUAGACAUCAAGUAGAAGACGAUGGACCAUAUCACGGAUCGCGUUCGGCAACUGGUCGUCGUCGUUCUAGGGUCAAUCAAGAUACAAGAACCCAUAUUCCAGACCCAUACCAUAUAGACGAUAGAUCAGGGUCAAUCGAUGAUACUGGAAGUGGCGUGGACCAUCCAACGAGCAAAUCUUCACCGCAGAGGCGCAGUGGUAGACGCGAUAACUCCCUUCCUAGGGCGGCUUCUUCACGACGUAUAGAAGAGAAGCAACUGUGGACGGGUAAACUCGCUCGCAAUGGCAAGAAGCAAGUGGAUACAGUAGCUGUACCUUUAAUGGGCAAUUUGGAUGUUGUACUAUCCGGCGGUACCGAUGUGGUCAAUAUCACCCACCGUCUUAAAUGGGAAGAUGCAGAGAAGACCUCACAUAUCGCAGUAUUUUACUUCAAGGCGCAGCGCGUCGAGAAUACCGAGGAUUUCCGGGACUACAUCACCUACUUCCAGGAGAAGCAGAGAAUUGGAGUUGCUACUAUGGGUAAUGGCAUUAGCAUAUACGUCUGCGCGCCAGGCGCGCCCUUAUACAACCAGUACGCCAAGGAAGUGAACGAGCAGGGUCCACUGCUGAUAGCUAUGGCCAUUGAUCCGAAGAAUGCCAAUACUGGGGAUCAAUCAAACAAGCCAGAUAGGGAAGAGCGAAGUGAUUGGCUGAAGCAACUAAACAGCAUAACUGCUAUGCUAGGCAAUAACUAAACAAGCUAUAUUGCUUAUUAUCAACCCAUUCUAAUAUACC